CGGAGGCAAAACUAUCCAAAAAAAUUACAGCUUGAAAAUGGUGUUUGUUUUCUGUUUUAAAAGAUCACAUGUAUGUAAAAUUAGUUGUCACAGAGUAAUGUUAAAUUGAGGUUACUAUAAACGUUAUAAGUCAAACACUAGUCAUGCAAAACAACGAAUGCAUGGUCGAUAAAUUCUACACUUGUAGCUGUUUUUGCACUGACAAUAUUUUUCUAAAGGACUACAAACUUCAUGUCAAAUAUGUGUCUGAGGAACAGGUUAAGUGGGAUUAUCAACACAUUUUGAAAACCCUUGGUUGCACAACAGUCGCCCAAUAUGAUGUCGUCCUCAAGAAGAUACAUGCAGAGGUUGAAAGGCGGAAAAGUCUAAGUGUGAAAUCAGCCGAGAGAGCUGAACAUAUAAAGAAGCACUACACACCACUCCAUCCGAAUGUCUAUCACUUGGAGGAGGCAUAUCUGGUCCCAGAAUUUAUUAAUUUAGUGCAAUAUUCCUUGGGCAAGGAUGCUACCAAAGAGGGACUACUAAAACUGAUCCACUCUGAGACUGCACAAAGGGUCUACAGAUUUCCAUUGUUCACCAAAGACUUCUGCCAUGAACUUAUAGAAGAACUGGAGCAUUUUGAAGAGUCAGAUGCACCUAAAGGAAGACCCAACACCAUGAACAACUAUGGGAUCCUCCUGAAUGAACUUGGCUUUGAUGAGGCUUUCAUCACUCCUCUCCGGGAGCUUUACCUGACACCUGUGACAUCACUGCUGUAUCCUGACUGCGGAGGCACGUUUCUAGACAGCCACAAGGCCUUUGUGGUGAAAUACUCUAUGAAUGAGGAUCUGGACCUGAGUUACCAUUAUGACAACGCAGAGGUCACCCUCAAUGUGUCACUGGGAAAAGAGUUCACAGAAGGGAAUUUAUAUUUUGGAGACAUGCGGCAGGUCCCGCUGAGCGAGACGGAGUGUGCCGAGGUGGAGCACUGUGUGACCGAGGGCCUCCUCCACCGGGGGCAGCAGAUGCACGGGGCCCUGCCCAUCUCCUCCGGGCUCCGCUGGAACCUCAUCGUCUGGAUGCGGAGCUCCCAGGAGCGCAACAGGCUGUGCCCCAUGUGCAAUAAGAGGCCUGUGCUGGUGGAGGGCGAUGGCUUCGCCGAUGGAUUCACCAAAGCGGACAUAAGAGCUCAGAGAGCACUGUGUGCUUUGCACUGAGGGGCUUCUGUGCUGUUUGUUUGUUUGACUGGUUGUUUGUUGUGUCGCCUUGUUUUGCCUCGUCACUGAAAUCAGUAGUUAUCUUUGGUUUCCUACAAUCUCUUGCUUAUGGUGAGUGUUUUGUUUGUCUCCAAAGCAGGUCUUGAGAAAGACACAGUAGCACAUUUUAUGAAAUUUUUUGAAUGUCAAAGUUCACGGUGGUGCAAUUACUGCUUUUGCAAUUUUCUGAUUUACUUUUUAUGGUGUUGGAAUAUUUUAAGUGCCUGUGCUUUGAGGUACAUGUAAUUGCACAGUCACAGGUUGUAAAAUAUUCUGUUAAAGUGAAAAUCCAUGUUGUCAAUUAUAAAGAUAGAUAUUUAAGUAUACACAAAUAUAGCUUCCAUUAUCAUCUUUACUAUAAUAGUACUCUGUAGAAAAUAAAAAUAUUUCAUUAUC